UGCUGAAAAUUCGAAAUUGCGCGUCGCGUUGUUGCUUCAAGUACCAACCACUGGACGUUGUGGUACGCCGUACGUCAUACCCUCUGGUACGCAAUGCAUACAUGCAUGCGCCGGACCGCCUUCGCGAGAUCACUGCUACGCCACAAUCGUGAAAUUGCGCUUCGCGCGCGUAGUUGCACUUCAAGUACAAAGUACGUCCGUAACCCUGCUGUGGUACGCCACACAAGCCACAUUCCCUCCCACCUCCCACACCGGCUACCACAACCAACACCACCAACACCGGCAAGGCUUCUUUCUCCCUGCGCAUCCUGUUCGUCGGCAUCGUUUGGAAGUAGAGCUCGCACGGCAACGAAGAAGACGGCGUCAUGAGUUCGGGCCUGAUUCCACGAAGGAUGGCUGCCAUCGCAAGUUCGCGAUCUGCGUUCAGCGCAGCCGCAGCUCACCGGAGCCUUUGCUCGCAUCAUGAGCAGAGCCAACAUCAUCCGGGCUCUCACGGCCUGGCGCACCGCGCGUCCGUCGUAUCAAGCCCCAACGAGCAGCGGCUGCAGAGCCCUGACCAGCUCCACAACCAACAGCACAAGGAGCACGGCCAGCACGACCACCCUCACCGUUCGCACCACCAGCAACAGGCCAGGCGCCCCUCAAUGAGCCAGGCGCAACCGCAGGCGGGCGUGGCUGACUCGUCCAGCGGUGGAUGCGCUGACGACGUUCCUCAGUACUCCGUGUUGGCCUCCCAGCAGGUUUUCCACGAGGCGACGGAAGGUCAGCGUGAAGAGUGGGCCCUGGCCCAGCCUUCGCCGGAGGUCCGGCUUCGAAUGUCGGUUGAAAGGCAGCUUCAAGUUUUAUUGUUUCGCAUGCUUGCCAAGCGGUUGAUCUCGUGCCUCGUCAUCCCGUCGGCUGCUUGCGGCACCGGAGAGGUUGCAUGA